AUGGUGCGCUUCCAGCCUUGGUGUAUGGCGGUACAGACACGCUUCAAGUGGCGCCACAAGGAGACGGAUCGCUGGCGUCGGCUGAUGGAUGCAACGUGCAUCCCCUUGGAUUGGUGUGGACAGACACGUGGGCCGACCUUCUCACAAUACGGCGGGCACUGGACGCAUCUGCUCACAUGCGCCCAUGUGAUAUGUCCCUGGGACUACCCCAAUUAUUAUCCCACGGAGGGACCGACCCGCUUUGUUUCCCGCAUUACGCUGGCCGACACCAUGACGCAAGUUCGUCUCGUUUCUAUGCAGGGGACCGCCGUCUAUAGGCACUUUACGUCCAACCAGCACGUUUACGUGCACGCCAACCCCCGGUUAGAUCUCUGUGUGGUGCAUCCAGAGCAAAAUUUGAAGCGUAGUGGGGAGAUGAAGAUGCUGUGGAUGCAGAAUGAGGGUUACGUCAUACGCCCGCGUCUUGAGUUGGUUGAACCACUGGCAGUGGGUGACCACGUAUGGAUCUAUGGCAUGACGGCACAUGAAUCACUCUUUGACGAGGAGAAGGCGCCAGAGCCGCUCAUGGUGCCAACGGGAAUCCGCGCAAAGGUGCACACUUUGACACGGGAGCACUUCUUCCUUGACACAACCUCGCUUGAGGGGGCGGACAAGGGCCGUAUUGGCAUGGGCAUGUGUGGCUCCGUCGUGAUGCGGAAUGGACGCUGCGUUGGGAUGCUGACGGCAACUGUGCACGAAGAGAGUAAAUGCAAGGAGCUGGCCGGGACCGCCAUGUGUGCGUAUGCCUCAGACAUAUUCGACUUUCUUCUAGAGGUGGAGCGACAGAUGAAGGAGCCCAAUCCGAGCGCGCAACGUGAGGAAACCGUCUUUCAACAGCGCAGACGUGAAGAGGGACGCGGACAGAAGGAGUGGAAGGACUGGGAACUGGACCACUCGAGACUGGCACGCCACAUUCCCGUCCCCGUGUCAAUGUGGCACAUGGAGGAGAAAUGGAUGACGGAGGAAGACCAAAUGACGAGCACCGUCUUUGGUCGCAGCGGGGUUUUCAAUCAGGAGACACAGGAGAACGUAUUCGGAUACGACAUGAACUCGGCAAAGACGCAUGGUGAUCGGCCGGGUGAUAUUGCGGCCUUUUCGACGGCGUCGCAGGAGGGAAAACCAGUCAUGCAGGGCGAGCGUAAGGACUACAGUCCUACCGGCAUCUACGCCGACCAUGAGGACUUUAAGACACGCGACGUGUGGGACUACAGCAUCAGCUCCGAGAUGCGCUCUCUCUUUGAUACAUCUGUGGACGCAAAGGAUGCCCACAGUCUCAACAUGAUGCGCAAGUCGUUGGAGAACAUCCGCGCCCAGCGUGCUAUGGAGAAGAUGAAGGAGACAGUGCUGAAGAACCCCGGCCGCUCUGAAGAUCCACUGAAUGUUGGCGGCAUGGGCCAUUAUAAAGGAGGCAACGACGGCGCUGCUUUCGAUCCUGCAGCAGCGGAAGAGAAUACAGCAGCAGCGAAGCGAAAACGGGAGGAGGCGGAAUACCACGAGGCACUACGCCGCCAGCAUGGCAUGAAGGCGCGUCCAUUUGGCGAUGAGGACCUUAGCGGACUGUGGGAAAAACACUAG